GUGGAAGACCGGCACAACGCCUCAUAUUUGCGGUUUCUGUUCAAGUAGCUUCUCUUUCUGUUUGCGUCUUGGGUGUGUAAAAUAAUUUCUGAGCAAAAUACUGUAUAACAGUGCAUUAACGUGUCCUUUGGAUAACAAAAAUGUCUCCACGAUGCUUGACGUUGGUCGUAAUCUGCGCUGUGUUCCUCUCCACAGAAACUGUUUCAGGCGAAGUUGUGAAGAAAGCAGUGGGUGACGAAGUUUCUUUUCCUCAAGACAAAGAACAGGAACAAAGAUUAAACUUGACUGUUAGGGGAGAAGAAGUGAAAGUAUUUGGUGAAGUCGAUCGUUCAGUGUCUUUUCGUCCGACCAGCUUAAAUCCUCCUGUCAGCAGCAUUAUAUGGAAACACAGAAACGGUGGAUAUGUUGUAAAAGUGAUUGAAUGGGAUGUUGAUGAUGGUUUUUUCAUCCCGCAUCCGAGAUUCAAAGACAUCACGACUCUUGAUGAGAAAACUGGACAGAUCACUAUAACUCAUUUAAAUGCUGAACAUAGUGGAGAAUAUGCCAUUGACAUCAACAGUAAAGAACAGAAACCAAGAUUCAAGUUGACUGUUACGGGCGAAGUUGUGAAGAAAGCAGUGGGUGACGAAGUUUCUUUUCCUCAAGACAAAGAACAGGAACAAAGAUUAAACUUGACUGUUAGGGGAGAAGAAGUGAAAGUAUUUGGUGAAGUCGAUCGUUCAGUGUCUUUUGGUGCGACCAGCUUAAAUCCUCCUGUCAGCAGCAUUAUAUGGAAACACAGAAACGGUGGAUAUGUUGUAAAAGUGAUUGAAUGGGAUAUUGAAGAUGGUUUUUUCAUCCCGCAUCCGAGAUUCAAAGACAUCACGACUCUUGAUGAGAAAACUGGACAGAUCACUAUAGCUAAUUUAAAUGCUGAACAUAGUGGAGAAUAUGCCAUUGACAUCAACAGUAAAGAACAGAAACCAAGAUUCACCUUGAUUGUUACGGGAGAAGAAGUGAAAGUAUUUGGUGAAGUCGGUCGUUCAGUGUCUUUUGGUCCGACCAGCUUAAAUCCUCCUGUCAGCAGCAUUAUAUGGAGACACAGAAACGGUGGAUAUGUUGAAAAAGCGAUUGAAUGGGAUUUUGAUGAUGGUGUUUUCAUCCCGAAUCAGAGAUUCAGAGACAUCACGACUCUUGAUGAGAAAACUGGACAGAUCACUAUAACUCAUUUAAAUGCUGAACAUACAGGAGAAUAUACCAUUGACAUCAACAGUAAAGAACAGAAACCAAGAUUCAAGUUGACUGUUACGGGCGAAGUUGUGAAGAAAGCAGUGGGUGACGAAGUUUCUUUUCCUCAAGACAAAGAACAGGAACAAAGAUUAAACUUGACUGUUAGGGGAGAAGAAGUGAAAGUAUUUGGUGAAGUCGAUCGUUCAGUGUCUUUUGGUGCGACCAGCUUAAAUCCUCCUGUCAGCAGCAUUAUAUGGAAACACAGAAACGGUGGAUAUGUUGAAAAAGUGAUUGAAUGGGAUGUUGAUGAUGGUUUUUCCAUCCCGAAUGCGAGAUUCAAAGACAUCACGACUCUUGAUGAGAAAACUGGACAGAUCACUAUAACUCAUUUAAAUGCUGAACAUACAGGAGAAUAUACCAUUGACAUCAACAGUAAAGAACAGAAACCAAGAUUCACCUUGGAAGUGUUGGCUCCAGUCCUCAAACCUGUGAUUAAAGAUAUAGAGAAUUAAAAUAUAGCGCUGAUGUUUCGUAUCUAAGUGGAAUGAACAUCUGGAAGAAUUCUGCUGGACAAAUUCUGAAGAGCACAGAGCACCAUCCCACAGAUGAACCCAUCACAGCUGAGAAAAAAGGAAAUCCAGAAAAAAAAAAAAGUCUACAGAUGCAAACUAGAGAACUGCACAAGUCCAGAGACCAGUGAUCCGGUCUAUGAGAGAGAUCUGUUUAAAGACUAGACAGCCUUUACUAGCAGUACAACAUUAUUCAUCAGAGAGGACAUGUUUAUCAAACUAAUACAUCUAUGUGUAACUUUAUUAUCACCCUUUUUCUGAUUAUAAUAUUCCUUUCCAUGACAACGCUAUUAUUGUGAAAUCUUUUAAAACAUUUGAAAUGUGUUUUCAAAUAUUCUGUGCAUUGCUUUUUAAAACCGAAAACAAACAUUUAUGAAUAACAUGAAUGUCCUGAAUAUGAAUACAUAUGCAAAGAUUUUUAUUUAAUUUUUUUUUGUUCAAGGAAGGACAAUAUAAUAAUUUCUUAAUGGCACCAUAGCUUUGCUUUUGGACUGGGUGAAGAGUAGAUGAUGCAUUCUUUUCUGUCAAAUUUAGAUAUCUAUGCAAUGGGAUUGAUUUUUUUUUUUUUCUUCAGGGAAUGCAUGAAUUAAUUACAUGGUAAGCUUAUAUAUUGAAUGUAAAUCAUUUUAAAUAAAAUCCUCUGGAAAAAGUAAAAA